AUGCCGGUGACCCUGGAACUGCGGCUCCUCCUGCUGGCACUGGCGCUGCGGGGGGAGGCAGUGUCCCCCUCAGUGUCCCCUGCCACGUCCCCCACCGAGUCCCCCUCCGAGACGUGCGGGGCAGCGCUGGCCGAUGUGCUGAGGCGGCUGCGGGAGCUCGAGGGACACGUGCAGGCACUGAGGGGACACUGCGGGGACACGGGGGGACCCCAGGCCGGGACAGGCCGGUCGGUGCAGCUCUGCGCGCCCCCUGCCGGCGGCGGCUGCGCCUGCCCCGCCCCCUCGGCCGAGGCCCCGCCCCCGGCACCGCCCCCCGCGUGCCCGCGCGGCUGCAGCGACCAGGGCCGGUGCGAGCGCGGGCGCUGCCGCUGCUUCCCGGGCUUCGGCGGCCCCGACUGCGCCACCCCCGCCUGCGCGCCGGGCUGGGGCGGGGCCCGCUGCGACAUCGGUGCGUCCCAGUGCCCCCCGCCCCCGUGCUCCCGCUACCCCCUCAGCGACCUCCCAUCUUCCCCACCGCGGUGCUCCCGCUGGGUGGGAGGGGAACCUGCUGCGACGUCGGUGUCUCCCCAGUGCUCGCGGUGCCCCCCGCAGUGUUCCUCCAAGGUGCCCUGGGUAACACCACGGUUGGCCUCCCGCACCCCAACGUCCCUGCGCAUCACCUGGCCCCAGCCCCUCGUUCCUCCUGAUGGCUACCGGGUGACACUUGUCCCCCUGGAUGACCCUGUGGCCAUGACAACGCACGAACUGCCCAGCUCUGCUGUCGCCUUCUCGGUGACAGGGCUGUCUCCAGGCCACCCCUUCGAGCUGCUGGUCCAAGCCCGGCGGGGGCCGCAUCUGGGGGCGCCCGGGGUCCUGCGACUGCGCACAGCACUCAUCCCGUCUGUGCCCCACUAUGAGGGGUCCCCGGGGUCGCCACAGGGCUCCCUGGGGUCCCCAGCAGUGGCACCAUCAGCCCGAGGGCCUCCAGAGUCCCCAGGAUCCCCAGGGUCACUGGGGUCCCCAGGGUCACCGGUGUCACCCAUAUCACCAGACUUGCCCUUGGGGUCACCUGGGUCUUUGGGGUCGCCAGCACCCCCCAAGGUUCCAGCAUCUCCAGUAGCUCGAGGGUCCCUGGGAUCCCCAGCACCCUCAAGGUCAUCAGUGUCACCAGAAUCCCCAGAGUCACCAGCAUCACCAGAAUUCCCAGGGUCAUCAGUGUCAUCAGAUUUCUCAGCGUCCCCAGAGUCCCCAUUGUCCCCAGAGUUCCCAGAGCUGCCAGGGUCCCCAGAGUCCCCAGUGUUUCCAGGGUCCCCUCCACCCCCAUGGUCCCCAGUGUCCCCGUGGCCCCCACUGUCCCCAGGCAUCCCCUCCCUGCAGGACCUGGUGGCCCGGCUGUCCACAUACAGUGGAACCCUGCUCCAGCGACUCGAGAGCCACCUUCGGGCCACCAACUUCCCCCUCCGUGGCAACCAGACAGUGCCAGGGGUGGCCCGUGCCAUCCUGGCCUACAUCCUGCGCCGGCACCCAACCCUUGGGAGAGGACAGGGACCCACAGGAGAGGGUGGAAAACAGGAGGCAGUGCUGGAAUGGGGGGACAUGGAUGAGAUGAAGCUGACGGAGCCAUGGACGGACGUGGGGAAAACAGUCAAAGCUGAGCCACAGGAGCUGCGUCCAUUCCGGCCAGUCCUGGGUGACCUCAGUGUCACCAGCAUCACCCCCAGCUCCAUGCAGCUGCAGUGGAGUGUCCCCGAGGACUCCUUUGACUCCUUCGUGCUGCAGUACCGGGAUGCCCAGGGCCAGCCCCAGACCCUGCCCGUCGAUGGCGGGUCCCGCUCGGUGACAGUGCCAGGGCUGUCCCCAUCCCAGCGGUACCGCUUCCAUCUCUACGGGUUGAGGGGUGAGAAGAGGAUCGACCGUGUUUCCAUUGAUGUCAUCACAGCUGCAGCAGAGCCAGAGGAGCAGUCCUUGCCCUCAGAGGAGCCCCAACAUGAGAAAUCCCAAACUGAGGUCCCCGCAUCUAAUGCCUCCCCAUCACGGGCAGUACUUGGGGAGCUGAGGGUCACCAGCAUCACCCCCAGCUCUGUGCAGCUGCAGUGGAGUGUCCCUGAGGGCUCCUUCGACUCCUUCAUGCUGCAGUACCGGGAUGUCCAGGGCCAGCCCCAGGCCCUGCCCAUCGAUGGCAGGUCAGACUCGGUGACAGUGCCGGGGCUGUCCCCUUCCCACCGAUAUCGCUUCCACCUCUACGGGUUGCGGGGCAGGAAGAAGAUCGACCAUGUCUCCACUGAGGCUGUGACAGCUGCAGCAGACCCAGAGGAGCUGCCUCUGCCCUCAGAUAAGCCCCAACAUAAAAAACCUCAAACUGACUCCCCUGCAUCUGAGGCCCCCCUUGUGCGGGCAGAGCUGGGGGAGCUGAAGGUCUCCAGUGUCACCCCCAGCUCUGUGCAGCUGCAGUGGAGUGUUCCCGAGGGCUCCUUUGACUCCUUCUUGCUGCAGUACCGGGAUGCCCAGGGCCAGCCCCAGGCCCUGCCCAUCGAUGGCAGGUCCCGCUCGGUGACAGUGCCAGGCUUGUCCCCUUCCCACCGAUACCGCUUCCACUUCUACGGGCUGCGGGGCAGGAAGAAGAUCGACCAUGUCUCCACUGAAGCUGUGACAGGCACAGAAGAGCCAGAGGAGAUGCCCCUGCCCUCAGAGGAGCAAAAACAUGAGAAAAUUCAAACUGAGACACCCCCAUCUGCAGCCCCCGUGUUGCGGGCAGUGCUGGGGGAGCUGAGAGUCUCCAGUGUCAGACCCAACUCUGUGCAGCUGCAGUGGAGUGCCCCUGAGGGCUCCUUUGACUCCUUCUUGCUGCAGUACCGGGAUGUCCAGGGCCAGCCCCAGGCCCUGCCCAUCGAUGGCGAGUCCCGCUUGGUGACAGUGCCGGGGCUCUCCCCAUCCCGCCGGUACCGCUUCCACCUCUAUGGCUUGCAGGGCAGGAAGAAGACUGACCGUGUCUCUACUGACAUUAUCACAGGAGCUGUAGAAGAGCGAGAAGAACUGCCCCAGCCCACAGAGGAACCGCAGCAUGAGAAACCACAAACUGAGGCCCCCACAUCUGAGACCACUCCAGCAAAGGCAGUGCUGGAAGAACUGAGGGUCUCAAGCAUCACCCCCAGCUCUGUGGGGCUGGAGUGGACUGUCCCCAAGGGCUCCUUUGACUCCUUCAUGCUGCAGUACCGGGAUGCCCAGGGCCAGCCCCAAGCCCUGACUGUUGAUGGCGGGUCCCGAUCGGUCACGGUGCCGGGCUUGUCCCCAUCCCAGCGCUACCGCUUCCACCUCUAUGGGCUGCGGGGAGGCAAAAGGAUUGACCGUGUCUCUACUGACACUGUCACAGCCAGCGAAGAACCCUUGCCCUCAGAGGAGCCCCAACAGGAGAAGCCCAAAACUGAGUCCCCGAUACCUGAGGCACUCCCAGCACGAGCGGUGCUGGAGGAGUUGAGAGUCUCCAGUGUCACACCCAACUCUGUGCAGCUGCAGUGGAGUGUCCCUGAGGGCCCCUUUGACUCCUUCAUGCUGCAGUACCGGGAUGUCCAGGGCCAGCCCCAGGCCCUGCCCAUUGAUGGCAGGUCCCGCUCAGUGAUGGUGCCGGGGCUGUCCCCAUCCCACCGAUACCGCUUCCACCUCUACGGGCUGCGGGGCAGGAAGAAGAUCGACCAUGUCUCCACUGAGGUCAUGACAGGAGCUGCCCCCACAUCUGAGACCACGCCAGCAAAGGCAGUGCUGGAAGAGCUGAGGGUCUCGAGCGUCACCCCCAGCUCCGUAGGGCUGGAGUGGACUGUCCCCAAGGGCUCCUUUGACUCCUUCAUGCUGCAGUACCGGGAUGUCCAGGGCCAGCCCCAGGCCCUGCCCAUCGAUGGCAGGUCUCGCUCAGUGACGGUGCCGGGCUUGUCCCCAUCCCAGCGCUACCGCUUCCACCUCUACGGGUUGCGGGGCAGGAAGAAGAUCGACCAUGUCUCCACCGAGGUCAUGACAGCCAGCGAAGAACCCUUGCCCUCAGAGGAGCCCCAACAGGAGAAGCCCAAAACUGAGUCCCCGAUACCUGAGGCACUCCCAGCACGAGCGGUGCUGGAGGAGUUGAGAAUCUCCAGUGUCACACCCAACUCUGUGCAGCUGCAGUGGAGUGUCCCUGAGGGCCCCUUUGACUCCUUCAUGCUGCAGUACCGGGAUGCCCAGGGCCAGCCCCAAGCCCUGCCCAUCGAUGGCAGGUCCCGCUCAGUGACUGUGCCGGGGCUGUCCCCAUCCCAGCGCUACCGCUUCCACCUCUACGGGCUGCGGGGCAGGAAGAAGAUCGACCAUGUCUCCACUGAGGUCAUGACAGGAGCUGUAGAAGAGCCAGAGGAACUGCCCCAGCCCACAGAGGAACCACAGCAUGAGAAACCACAAACUGAGGCCCCCACAUCUGAGACCACGCCAGCAAAGGCAGUGCUGGAAGAGCUGAGGGUCUCGAGCGUCACCCCCAGCUCCGUAGGGCUGGAGUGGACUGUCCCCAAGGGCUCCUUUGACUCCUUCAUGCUGCAGUACCGGGAUGUCCAGGGCCAGCCCCAGGCUCUGCCCAUAGAUGGUGGGUCCCGAUCGGUCACGGUGCCGGGCUUAUCCCCAUCCCAGCGCUACCGCUUCCACCUCUAUGGCCUACGGGGCAGGAAGAAGAUCGACCAUGUCUCCACUGAGGUCAUGACAGGAGCUGUAGAAGAGCCAGAGGACCUGCACCAGCCCACAGAGGAACCGCAGCAUGAGAAACCACAAACUGAGGCCCCCACAUCUGAGACCAGGCCAGCAAAGGCAGUGCUGGAAGAGCUGAGGGUCUCGAGCGUCACCCCCAGCUCCGUGGAGCUGGAGUGGACUGUCCCCAAGGGCUCCUUUGACUCCUUCAUGCUGCAGUACCGGGAUGCCCAGGGCCAGCCCCAAGCCCUGACUGUUGAUGGCAGGUCCCGAUCGGUGACGGUGCCGGGCUUGUCCCCAUCCCGUCGGUACCGCUUCCACCUCUAUGGGCUGCGGGGAGGCAAAAGGAUUGACCGUGUCUCUACUGACACUGUCACAGCCGACCCAGAGGAUCUGUCCCCACCCUCAAUGAUCUCCACAAAUGAGGCCUCCACAACUGAGGCCCCCACCCCUGAACACCCACAAACUGAGGCCCCCUCAGCACAGGCAGUGUUGGGAGAGCUGAAGGUCUCCAGUGUCACACCUGACUCUGUGGGGCUGCAGUGGAGCGUCCCUGAGGGCUCCUUUGACUCCUUCUUGCUGCAGUACCGAGAUGCCCAAGGCCAGCCGCAGGCCCUGCCCAUCGAUGGUGGGUCACGCUUGGUGACAGUGCCAGGGCUGUCCCCAUCCCACCGGUACCACUUCCACCUCUAUGGGAUUCACAGAGAGAAAAGGAUUGACCACGUUUCCAUCGACACCAUCACAGCCACAGACAAGCAAGAGGAAUCACCCUCCCCAUCAGAGGAGCCCCAAACUGAAGCCCCACCAACUGAGGACAACCAACCUGAGCACCCCAAAACUGAGGUCCCCCCAGUGCAGGCAGUGCUGGGAGAGCUGAAGGUCUCCAGUGUCACCUCCAACUCCGUGCAGCUACAGUGGAGCGUCCCUGAAGGCUCCUUUGAUUCCUUCAUGCUGCAGUACCGGGAUGCCCAGGGCCAGCCCCAGUCCCUGCCUAUUGAUGGUGGCUCCCACUCGGUGAUGGUGCCAGGGCUGUCUCCAUCCCACCGGUACCGCUUCCACCUCUAUGGCCUGCGGGGCAGGAAGAGGACCGACCGUGUCUCUACUGACAUUGUCACAGCUGCAGCCAAGCCCAAGGAGCUGCCCCUGCCCUCAGAGGAGCCCGAACCUGAAGCUGUCUCAUCUGAUGCCCUGCCAGCACGGGCAGUGCUGGGGGAGCUGAAGGUCUCCAGUGUCACACCCAACUCUGUGCAGCUGCAGUGGAGCGUCCCCGAGAGCCCUUUUGACUCCUUCACACUGCAGUACCGGGAUGCCCAAGGCCAGCCCCAGGCCCUGCCCAUCAGUGGCGGGUCCCGUUCAGUGACAGUGCCAGGGCUGUCCCCAUCCCACCGGUACCGCUUCCACCUCUAUGGGUUGCAAGGUGGGAAAAGGAUUGACCACGUGUCCACCGAUGUCAUCACAGAUGCAGCAGUGCCAGAGCAGCUGCCCCUACCUUCGCAGGAGCCCCAGCCUGAAGACCACAGCCCUGAGCAGCCCCAGACUGAGCAGCCCCAAACUCAGGCUAACCAGGGACAGGUGGUGCUGGGGAAGUUGAGGGUCUCCAGUGUCACACCCAACUCUGUGCAGCUGCAGUGGAGCGUCCCCGAGGGCUCCUUCGACUCUUUCACGCUGCAGUACCGGGAUGCCCAGGGCCAGCCCCAGGCCCUGGCUGUUGAUGGCGGGUCCCGAUCGGUGACAGUUCCAGGGCUGUCCCCAUCCCGCCGGUACCGCUUCCACCUCUAUGGGCUGCGGGACAGGAGGAGGACUGACCGCGUCUCCACCGAUGUUGUCACAGCUGAGGCCCCUCCAUCUGCAGCCCCCUUGGCAGCAGCAGUGUUGGGAGAGCUGAAGGUCUCCAGUGUCACACCCAACUCUGUGGGGCUGCAGUGGGCUGUCCCAGAGGGCCACUUUGACUCCUUCUUGCUGCAGUACCGGGAUGCCCAGGGCCAGCCCCAAGCCCUGCCCAUUGAUGGCGGGUCACGCUUGGUGACAGUGCCAGGGCUGUCCCCAUCCCACCGGUACCGCUUCCACCUCUACGGAUUGCAGGGUGGGAAGAAGACUGACCAUGCCUCCACUGACGUUAUCACAGCUGAUGGGGAAGCUGCAGCUGUGCCGGAGGAGCUGCCCCUGCCCUCAGAGGAGCCCCACGAUGAGCAACGCCAAACUAAGGCCCCCCCAUCUGCAACAACCCCAGCGCAGGCAGUGCUGAAGGAGCUGAGAGUCUCCAGUGUCACCCCUGACUCUGUGCAGCUGCAGUGGAGUGUCCCUGAGGCGCCCUUUGACUCCUUCACGCUGCAGUACCGGGAUGCCCAGGGCCAGCCCCAGGCCCUGCCCAUCGAUGGCAGGUCCCGCUCGGUGACAGUGCCAGGGCUGUCCCCAUCCCAGCGCUACCGCUUCCACCUCUAUGGGCUGCGGGACGGGAAGAGGGUCUACCAUACCUCCACUGAAGCUGUUACAGCUGCGGCCAACUUUGAUGAGCAACCCAUGCCUUUAGAGAAGCUCCAACCUGAAGAUCCCCAAUCUAAAGAUCCCCCAGUUGAGUCCCCCUCAACUGACAACCACUUGGCAAAGGCAGUGCUGGGGGAGCUGAGAGCCUCCAGUGUCACCCCCAGCUCUGUGCAGCUGCAGUGGAGUGUCCCCAAGGGCCCCUUUGACUCCUUCUUGCUGCAGUACCGGGAUGCCCAGGGCCAGCCCCAGGCCCUGCCCAUCGAUGGCAGGUCCCGCUCGGUGACAGUGCCGGGGCUGUCCCCUUCCCGCCGGUACCGCUUCCACCUCUACGGGCUGCGGGGAGGGAAAAGGAUUGACCGUGCCUCUGCCGACAUCGUCACAGCCACAGCCAAGACAGAGGAGCUGCCCCUGCCCUCAGAGGAGCCCCAGCUUGAGGACCCCAAAGGAAAAGACCCCCCAGUUGAGGCCACCCCAUCUGCAGCCCCCCUGGCACGGGCAGAGCUGGGGGAGCUGAAGGUCUCCAGUGUCACCCCCAGCUCUGUGGGGCUGCAGUGGAGCGUCCCUGAGGGCUCCUUUGACUCCUUCACGCUGCAGUACCGGGAUGCCCAGGGCCAGCCCCAGGCCCUGCCCAUCGAUGGCGGGUCCCGAUCGGUGACAGUGCCGGGGCUGUCCCCAUCCCAGCGCUACCGCUUCCACCUCUACGGGCUGCGGGGAGGGAAAAGGAUUGACCAUGUCUCCACUGAGGCCAUCACUGGCACCCCAGGGACCCUCUGGGUGGGCUCUGUGUGGCCCCGCAGUGCAUGGCUGCACUGGAACCCCCUGCACGCCCCCCCUGAUGGCUAUGAGCUGGAGUAUGGCCCCCCCGCCGGACCCCAGCAGACCCUGUGGCUGCCUCCCGAGGCUACGUCGCAGCAGCUGUGGGGGCUAGAGCCGGCAGAACGCUAUGGGGUGCGCUUGUGGGGCCGAGGGGGAGACCCCCAAACAGCCCCCCUCGAGGCCACCUUUGACACUCCCCCCCUCCCGCACCCGCACCCCCGGGACUGCGCCGAGGAGCAGCUGAACGGGCCGGGCCCCUCGCGGGAGACCCUCAUCUUCCUCCGCGGGGACCCGGCCCGGCCCCUCAGGGUCUUCUGUGACAUGGAGACGGACGGCGGCGGCUGGCUGGUGUUCCAGCGCCGUCAGGACGGGAGCACCGACUUUUGGCGGGGGUGGGAGUCCUACGCCCGCGGCUUCGGCAACGUCAGCGGCGAAUUCUGGCUCGGCAACGAGGCGCUGCACGAGCUGACGACCGCGACCCCCACGGAGCUGCGCGUUGACCUGCGGACCGCCCGCGACUCCGCAUUCGCGCUCUAUCGCGACUUCGCUGUCGGCGGCGCCGAGGAGCGAUAUCGGCUCCGAGUGGGAGCGUUCAGCGGCACCGCCGGGGACGCCCUCUCCUACCACUCGGGCAGCCCCUUCUCGACACGGGACCGGGACUUCCGAGACCCUCGGGACCGCCGGGACCCCUCGGGGCGGCCCCGGCCCCCGCCCUGCGCCGUGGCCUACGGGGGGGCCUGGUGGUACCGCAACUGCCACUACGCCAACCUGAACGGGCGCUACGGGACCCCCCGAGACCACCAGGGCAUCCACUGGUUCCCCUGGAAAGGCUUCAACGUCUCCAUCCCCUUCACCGAGAUGAAGCUGCGGCCGCAGCGCGGCUGAGGGGGCUGGGGGGGUCCCCUGAGUGCUGGGGCUAGGGGAUCCCAGAGUCUGGGGGACCCCUGGGUGCUGGGGGGGUCCCCGAUGGGACCUGGGGAGGCUCAAAGGUGAGACUUUUAUUGGGGGGUAAUAAAAGCUGAUGGUGACUCCCCUGUCCUGUGGUGAAGCAGGAAACGGGGCAGGACAGAGCACGAGGCAGACUGAGGUCAAGGUCAUCCCAGAGUCAAGGUCAUCCCCUUGGUGAGGAGGGCAGCUCCAAAUGGUCCCUGCAGUUCUGGUCCCACUGUCGCUUCAAGUGCUGGACCUGAUCCUCCACUGGCCCUGGAGAUGCUGAGAUGUCCC